AUGGCGCACCGCUACACCUUUGCACAAACCCCCCUCGCCCAUCCGGAGGCAAUUGUCGGCGGAACAGACGGAUCCAAAUAUCGAUUCACAGUCCUCGCGGAUGGCCUGCUCCGCUACGAAUAUGCGGUCGAUGGGCAUUUCGAAGACCGCGCCUCCGUGCUCGCUGUUAACCGGCGCCUUCCCGUUCCAGAAUUCCGCGUCAAGGAGACCGCGACGAGCCUCGAGAUCAUCACGCGCCGCUUCCACCUCACCUACGACAAAAAUGCCUUUUCGCCAAGCGGUCUCAGUGCGGCCGUCAAAGGCAGUUUCUGGGAACAUAGCAGUGUAUGGCACUACGGCGAUGAGAAUGCCACCCUCGGCGGGACGGCGCGCACGCUCGAUGAAGCGGAUGGGCGGGUCGAUAUGGGGCAUGGGAUUGUCUCGCGGAAGGGGUAUGCGAAUAUUGAUGAUUCGAGGUCGAUGCUAUUCGACGAGAACGGAUGGAUUGCGACAAGGAAAGAGGGCAACCGUGUCGACGGAUACUUGUUCGCGUAUGGACAUGACUGUCGCGCGGCCGUGAAAGCGUUCUAUGCGCUUUCGGGUCCCCAGCCCCUCCUUCCGCGAUGGUCUCUGGGAAAUUGGUGGAGCCGGUACCAUGCGUAUGACGAGGCGGAGUUUCUGGAGCUCAUGGAGAAUUUCAAAUCAAGACGGAUUCCGCUCUCUGUUGCUGUUCUCGAUAUGGACUGGCAUAUCGUCAAGGAUCCCCGGGUUGCAGAGGCGGGUGUCACUGGGUGGACGGGGUAUAGCUGGAACCAGCAGCUGUUCCCCGAUCCUGAGGCGUUCUUGAAGAAGCUGCACGAUUAUGACCUAAAGAUUUCGCUGAAUGUCCAUCCCGCUGAUGGGGUUCAGAGCUACGAGGAUCUGUACAAGGAAGUCGCAAACGCUCUUGGCCACGAUACCUCUUUCAACGAUCCAAUCCAAUUCGAUAUCACAAACCAGGCCUUCCUGGACGCAUACUUUGACGUCCUGCACCGACGACUCGAAAGCCAGGGUGUCGACCUCUGGUGGGUAGAUUGGCAACAGGGACAGCAUUCCCGGAUUCCCGGAAUCGACCCCCUAUGGGUCCUCAACCACUUCCACUUCCUCGAUAGCGGCUACGAUGGCAAGCGUCCCCUGACCUUCUCUCGUUACAGUGGCCCAGGGUCCCAUCGGUACCCCGUCGGCUUUUCGGGAGACACGCACAUCACCUGGGAGUCCCUAGCCUUCCAACCGGAAUUCACAAACACGGCCUCGAAUAUCGGGUACGGCUGGUGGAGUCACGAUAUCGGCGGUCAUAUGCAUGGAGCAAAGGAUAACGAGCUGUUGAUCCGCUGGGUGCAGUACGGGGUCUUCUCGCCCAUGUUCCGUCUCCAUUCAUCCGAUAACCCAUGGAACGCAAAAGAGCCGUGGAACUUGAGUGGUGAUGAGGAGCGCAUACUCACCCGAUUCCUCCGUCUCCGACACCGACUCGUUCCGUAUCUCUAUACGAUGAAUGCGCGCGCUGCGAGGGACGAUCUCCCACUCAUUCAACCAAUGUAUUGGGGAUACCCCGAGCACGACGAAGCCUACCAGGUUCCGAACCAGUACCUGUACGGAUCUGAACUCAUGGUUGCGCCGAUUACGGCACCGAGAGAUAAAGAGUCUGGUCUUGGACAGGUCCUCGUCUGGUUCCCGCCUGCGAGACAUGUCGAUAUCUUUAGCGGCGUCGUAUACGAUGGGAAUCGUUUGCUCUGGGUCGCGAGGCCGUUGGAUGCCUGCCCUGUCUUUGCACGCGAGGGCUCGAUCAUCCCGUUGGACGCAGAGGCUGAGCCGGAGAACGGGUGUAAGGAACCGGAGGGGAUUGAGCUUGUCGUAGUCGUGGGCGCGGAUGGGUCUUUCGAGCUACUCGAGGACGAGGGCACUGGGGCGACGUUGGAUGGGAUUGAGUUCUCCAGCACUUUGAUCACUUUCUCGCAGUCUGCCGGCCGAUUGACAAUCAAUCCGAGAAAGGGAGCCUCCUCUCCUCGAACCCAUCGCACCUGGUCCAUCCGUUUCCCAGGCUUCUCCUCCGCAAAGGAAAUCCACUUCCACGUCAACUCCACAGCGCAAGGCGUCCACCCGGAAGGAAGCACCACAGGUCUCACCGUCCGACUCGGCUCACACAGUGUCGAUGAUGAACUCGUGCUGAGUAUCGGCGAGAAUCCGCAACUCGACGUUGUAUCGCCGAAUCCUCGGAUCAUGACAUUCCUUCAACAGGCGCAGAUGAGUCUUGGUCUCAAGGAUCGGAUUUGGAAGGUUGUUUCAAAGGAGGCGCCUGCUGCAGUCAGGGCGGGCGAAUUGGUUGCGUUGGGCUUGAGGGAUGAGAUACUGCAGCCGAUUUUGGAAUGCAUGCUUGCUGUUGCGUAG